AUGAAAAGAAAAGGAGUAGCCAGUAGUCCUCUAGAGAAGGCUUUUAAUUUGCAGCAGCGAGAGGAAUUGGAUGGUGAAAUAGCAAGGAUGUUUUUUUCAGCGGGACUUCCUUUCAACCUUGCAAGGAAUCCUCAAUAUAAAAAUACAUUCAUUUUUGCAUGUAACAACAACCUCGCAGGAUAUGUUCCACCUGGCUACAAUGCAUUAAGAUCGAAAUUAUUAGAAAGAGAAAGAGCACAUAUUGAGACAUUGCUUGAACCAACAAAAGGAGUGUGGAAAGAAAAAGGUGUUAGUUUGGUGUGUGAUGGUUGGACAGAUCCUCAAAGAAGACCCCUUAUUAAUUUCAUGGCUGUUACAGAGAAUUACCCAAUGUUCAUUAAAGCAGUGAAUUGUGAAGGAGAAUACAAGGAUAAACAUUUUAUUGCCAAUUUGAUUAAAGAGGUGAUAGUCAUGAUUGGGCCUUCAAAUGUUGUGCAGGUUAUUACAGAUAAUGCACCGGUGUGUAGAGCUGCAGGAUUAUUGGUGGAGCAAACUUAUCCCCAUAUAUUUUGGACACCCUGUGUUGUGCACACUCUAAAUCUUGCUCUAAAAAAUAUUUGUGCAGCAAAGAAUACAGAGGCUAAUGAAAUCAUCUAUGCUGAAUGCCAUUGGAUAACAGUGGUUGCAGAUGAUGCUGUUCUGAUCAGAAAUUUUAUUAUGAACCAUUCUAUGAGACUUUCAAUGUUUAAUGAUUUCUCCCACUUGAAAAUGCUAGCUGUUGCUGAAACUCGUUUUGCCUCUGUAAUAAUUAUGUUGAGAAGAUUCAAACAAAUUAAAAAUGCUCUUCAAUCUAUGGUGAUUUGUGAGAAGUGGUCUUGCUAUCGAGAAGAUGAUGUUGGGAAGGCAAAGUAUGUUAAAGAAAAGGUCUUAGAUGAUUUGUGGUGGGAUAAUGUAGACUACAUUUUGGCUUUCGCUGAUCCAAUUUAUGAUAUGUUGAGAUAG